CAGAGGGCCAAGUCUCCAGAUGCCGCCAAGCAUGUGGCUGCACUCAAAGCGCUUGCCAAGCAAGAGGAAGAUCGCACCUGGUGGACGGAAGAUGAACAGAAGUUGCGCUCCGGCAAAUGUGGUCGCUGGUGGUGCUGGGUGUGGAGUCAUGACAUUGAAAUCACAUCAUAUGCAGUGCUCUCGCUGCUGGAAUCGGGCCAGGAGACUCCCGACUCGGUGCUUAAUUCGAUUCGCUGGCUGGUGGCACAGCGGAACAGCUUUGGUGGUUUUGCCUCUUCGCAGGAUACGGUGGCUGGCCUGCAGGCCCUCAUAAAGUUCGCCAAGGCGUCCGGCUACGUGCCAGCUAGGUGGGACGUGUCCGUCUCCAAUCAUGGUCAGCGGGAAAAGACUGAGAAGCUCAGCCUGACAGAAGAUAACGAUUUGCUACUACAAACCGUGGAGUUCCCUCAAGGCACCAAGUCGCUGUCGUACGAGGCGAAGGGAACUGGCGCUGCCCUGCUACAAAUCAGCUACCAGUACAACAUUGUCGAGAAGGAGCCGAAACCUAGCUUCAAGAUUCAAGCUAUUAUUAAACCGGACUCGCCCCCAGCCAAGCUAGAACUCAGCGUAUGCGUUGAGUAUGUAGAGGAGGGCAAGGCUAAAGCAUCCAACAUGGCCAUACUGGAAGUCUCUCUACCCUCCGGCUAUACCGUAGAUGAGGACAGUUUCAAGGACAUACAGGAAAUCGAACGCGUCAGGCUGGUAGAAACCAAGAAUGAAGAUUCUGUGGUGGUCAUCUACUUUGAGAGUCUGCCCAAGGGAGAAAUCAAGUGCCUACCCAUCGAAGCAUUCAAGACUCAUGCUGUUGCCAAUCAGAAGCCCGCCCCGAUUGUCCUCUAUGAUUAUUACGAUACGAACAAGAAGGCCACUGAAUAUUACCAAGUUGAAUCGAAGCUUUGCGACAUUUGUGAAGGCGAUGAAUGUUCGGCCAAAUGUUAAGCACCAUCAAAUCUAAUAAUGAUAUCGAUUGCCUUUUACUAACUACGUAGAAAAAAUAAAUUGCUGUGAUUCUA